AUGGUCUCCUCUAUUGCUCUUGCGAGCGUCCUUCUCACAACGGCGCUGCCUGCGGCUGCCAUUGAGCUACCGAAGGAAUGCCAGCUGCCCAAUCCCGUCAUCACCGACUUCCGCUGGUUUAAUAGCUCAUUUAGCCUUCGCUGCUUCGGUUCACACCGAUACACGCGCGGCUACUAUUGCUGGAACGGAACUCUAGCCAAUCCCUGGCUAGAACCCAGCUCUCACAACGAUUGCAUUGAAAGCAAGCAUGGCUUGUGGGCGUACGUCUGCGCCGAGUGGGACAUCCCGCAGACUCCUCCACCCUGGGGCCAUGGUCCAGCUGAGUCGUUGCCCUUUACGUAUCAAGACGGCUAG